AUGUCGGACAUCUACACUGUGGAGAAGCUUGUGGGCUUUCGAUACAAUGGGAAGACCCCUGAAUGGCGGGUGCGGUGGCAGGGCUAUGGGCCCAAAGAUGACACGUGGGAGACGCGCAAGAACUUGCUUAUGGACAGUUCUUUCGCCUUCAAACGCCAAAUGGAACAGAUGGAGAAGGACUAUUUGGCGAAGAGGGCGCUGGCCAGGCACGGCAAGGGAGGGGCGCCCACCCCCGCGAGCAGAAAAAGGAGCUCUUUGCUCUCAGCGCCUCUCCCGGAGGAGACGGACAGCGCGCGAGAGCCGAGCAGCAGCAGCAGCAGCAGCAGCCCUUCGGAAUUCAGCUCCCCGAAACAAAGCAGCAGCAGCAGCAGCAACAGGGGCGCGAAUACCUCAGACUCGGACUGCUCCGUUUCGCAGUCACUUCUGUCUUCCUCUCGACGCACAAAGAGGCCCCACAGAACCAAACCUCCAAGGCGGAGGAGAAGAUGCAUAGAUGAUCUGCUGCGCGCAGGCGGGCCAGAGAGGGGCCCCCAGGCCGUAGACCCGGGCCUGCCGGCCACUCCAGACAGCGGGUCUGAGGCAGUGGGGCCCCCCCUGUGCAGCUGCAGCGGCAAAGUGUCAGGGGCCUUUGGAGGCCUUCCCGCGGCCCAAGAGGGGCCCCCAGGGGGCCCCUCGAGGGGGACCCGACUCAGGGGCCGCUGUGGGGGCUCUUUGACUCCAAAUAAGAAAGCAGAGACGAAGGUGGAGGCCCCUUUCCGGCGCCUGAGGAUGGUUGGAGCUGAAGAGCCCCCCCAGGCAGCAAGCCGCUCGGAGGCCUCGGGGCUUACUUCCAGCUCCUGGAAGUCUUCCCCGGAUAUUGACGGGGAGGAGGCCUUGGGGGCCCCCACGGGCUUCACUGUCAACGACCCGAGUGACGAAGACCUGGGGCCCCCCUUUCUUCAGGGGGGCCCCCCCCACAGCGUCAGCGGGUACGAGGCCCCCACUUCCCAGGACCUGCAGCAGCAGUACAGUUGGGACACGCCCUUGGGAAACACUCCAGAACCCUCCGCAUUUUUCGAAUCUCCCGCAGUCCACAGCAGCACAGCAGUGGGAGUGGCAGCAGCAAAUGCCUCUGGCGCCCACGGGGGCAUGCAAGAGGACUGCCGUUUCUGGGUGCCUGCUGAGUCGCCAGCGGGGCCUUCUUGCUACUUUCCUUUCAGACAAGAGGCGGCGAUGAGACUCCCAGCCUCCUGGGAAGUUCAAGGGGGCUUCGAGGGUCCUCCUCUCUUGACUCCGUGUGCAGACAGGCCUGCCGGAGGCCCUUUUGAAGGCCAGGAGGCCUUGCUGCACAGCUGCAAGCAAGGGCCGCCUCUUUUCUGCCCCACAGGUGCGUCUUGUGCUGCAAAUAGUCGCCUGGGGGGCCCCACAGUCAGCUCCCCAGAAGCCUAUGGGGCCCCCGUAUCCCACCUGACUACGCCGGGGUUUACGCAGCUUCCGCUGGCCGGCGGGUUCCCGGGAGCCGAGGGGCCCCCAGAAGCACUAGCGGGAGUUGCAGAGAUUCCGGCAGAGGCCGCAGUUGGUCUGCCGGGGCUCCCUGACACCAGUGACACUCAGUGGCUACAGCUGCCAGUGCAGCAGGUAAAGGGAGAGCAGCACUCGGCAGUUUCCUCUUCGAGCUCUCUGGGCGUUUCACGCGGCUUAAUUAAUAGAUACCCGUGUGAAAAUUUGUUUCCGGGCCGGGUACGUAUUGUCAAGGUAGUGCGAGGUGAGGCCGCGGGCGCAGCUGGCGUUACGGGUGCUGUCGUUCAUUAUGUGAUUGCUGCUUCACCAGGCAAAGCAGCAGACCCCAGCCGAAACGUUUGGGGCACCUGCUCUAUCCUGGAGGCACGGCGGUUCUGUCCGGGAGCGCUUUGUGAUUACCUGCUGCGGAAAGCUCUGUUUAAGAGCACAGACAAGCAGGCCCAAAGUCAGAAGGGAAUGGUGACCACCGGCCAGCCCUGUGCAGCCGUUGCCUCUGUUCCUCCCAACCCAGAACUAACCUACAACCCUGUAUUGACACAGGACAGCAACAGCAGCAGCGUUGACAAAGGCAGCAGCAACUGCGACAGCAACGUAAACGGGCUCAAAGAAGCCUUCGCUGCUUCCCAGAGCUCUUUUCCCGCCACAGCUGAAUUCAGCAGGAGCGCCAGCUGUUUCUGA